UUGUCACUGCGAAUACAAGCCAUACAAAUGUUUUUACGCUCACCAUUAUAAAAAUAAAUAACUAAUUAUUUAAAUAUGCCGACCCAGCUCAACAGAAAAGGCUACACACGGCUGUGUACCGCCCUUCUUAUAUAAUAAGUUCCACGCUUUUUCUUGAUCACACACAGUUCUGGAUAAACACAGCUAGCUAGCUAAGCUUCUACUUCCUCCGGAUCCCUUCAUCUCCUCCUUCCGUCUCUGUCAUGAGUUUCGUGGAGCAGAUCCCCGAUAGAACCCACAAUGGCUUCCAUCUCAUUGGCAACGACGGCGCCACUUGCUCCCACAAAAGGCUGGAAGGAAAGGUCGCAUUAAUCACCGGCGGUGCGGGAGGUAUCGGCGAAGCCACCGUCCGCCUCUUCAUCCGCCACGGCGCCAAAGUGGUGAUCGCCGACAUCAACGACUCCGCCGGACAAUCCCUUGCCGACUCAAUCUCCCCCUCCGCCGCCUUCAUCCACUGCGACGUCACACUCGAGUCUGACAUCGAGUCCGCCGUCAACUACACCCUUGCCCGCCACGCCCGCCUCGACAUCCUCUGCAACAUCGCCGGUGUACUCGGCAGGCAAUCCGGCUCCAGAAAGAGUAUCGCCGAACUCGACGCGGAGGAAUUUGACCGCGUCAUGCGCGUCAACGUGCGCGGCGCCGCGCUAGGAAUGAAACACGCGGCGAGGGUCAUGGCGGCGCGCAGGUCCGGCUGCAUCGUGUCGAUGGCGAGCGUCGCAGGCGUGACUGGCGGGCUCGGGCCUCACGCAUACACUGCGUCGAAGCACGCGGUGGUGGGGCUCACGAAAAACGCGGCGUGCGAGCUGGGGGCGAGCGGGGUGCGGGUGAACUGCGUGUCGCCGUUCGGUGUGGCGACUCCAAUGCUUGUGAAGGCGUGGAGGAAGGAAGGGGAGGAGGAGAAGGGAGUGCCGGGGAAAGAGGAGGUGAAGAAGAUGGAAGACUUUGUUAAUGGGUUGGCGAAUCUGAAAGGUACGACGCUAAAGGCUUGGGAUGUAGCGGAAGCCGUGCUUUAUCUUGCAAGCGAUGAGUCCAAAUAUGUGAGCGGGCAUAAUCUUGUGGUUGAUGGAGGCGUCACGACCUCUACUAAUCUCAUUGGUUUGUAGGAAUUUAGAUGAAAGGAGGACAAGAGACUGAGUUGAAAUUGUUGAUGAGUAAUAAUUAGCAAGCAAGAUUCAAGUACGUUUUGCGGUGGGGGAAUUGGGUUUUUUCUAUUAUGAGACAUAUAUUAUUUUAAAAAGCGUUGAACUUUUUUCA